AUGACACAAGAAGUGACACAAAUGAUGGAAUCACUCGAGACCACAGAUGACGGCAAUGGAGACAACAGACAACAGUCAAAGACUUACGCGAAGUACUCAAUGGACAGAUUCGGUGAUGACAUGUGUGGACUCAUAUUAUCCUAUCUCUCAUUCAAAGAUAGAUUUCGAUUGGAAUGUGUGUCCAAACAGUUCCAGAGGACAGUCUUCGACAGUGUUAUCGACAUCAAUAUCAAUGACCGACUUAUAAGACAAAUACAAAGAACAACAAUAACUCAAACAAUAGCAACAAUUGCCACAAAGUGUCCAAACAUUGAGACCAUUGACUUGAGAGGAAUGUUCAUUAAAUGCGAACACAUUCCAGAAGUGUUGCGAUUAUUUCGAGACAAUUGUCUUAAUUUGCGGGAAGUUUACUGCAAUUUACGGUCAAAUACGGCACAAUUGUAUCAACAGUUCGGACCACUGGUCACACGAAUCGAAUGCAAUGAUUUGUCCGACACUGUCGUCGACACCACUUCUGGACAACAAUUGGUCAACAAUUUGAAGACAUUUAGUUUUCAUUUCUAUUACCCCAAUGACACCCAACUAUUGUCGGCAUUCGUGGCACACAAUCAGUGUCUCAAAAGUGUCGACUUUAAAGAAAUGUACAUCGAUUUGAACGAUACUAUUCCCGAAAUGUGCGGCCAAUUGUCACGAUUAACACAAUUACGGGAAUUGAGUCUACGGUUGGGAAUAAUGAAUAGCAAGACACUUGUGGCGAACCAGUCUUUGCGUACAAUCGGCGAGAAUUGCAAACAAUUGCAACGAUUGUCACUCGAGUUUGGCAGCGAAUCACCCGUUCUUAAUGUCGAAGCAUUGGAUUCAUUGCGAUAUUAUUGCCGAUUAAAACGAUUGCAUUUAACAAUAAAUGCGGCCAUCGAUGACCAACUGUUUGAUCCGUUGAGACACUGCAAGAGAUUAACGCAUUUAGAGCUGUAUUUGCCGCGAAUGACAGCGAAAGCGUUCAUCAAUUGUUUUAAGAACUGUCCUCGACUUCAAUACCUAUACAUUCAUGACUUCAACGACAUUAUGGGCGCCGAGUGUUUGGAUGAGUUGUCACGACUACCGGCGCUGCAAACGCUUAUUAUUUUCUUCCGUCGAGACUAUGAUCUCAUUAAUAAUGAUUUCUCGGAUCUGUUCACUAGAAGUGCUAAACUCAAGUGCAUUCGGCUUCACGUAAACAAUGGCAUCAAAUUUUAUUACCGAUAA